AUCUUUGUGAAUCUAAUGACCUGUCCAAUCGACAUUCCCAACCCAAUGAGAUGUUUGAUAGGAUGUUUUCUGUGGAAGUACGUGUGGGUGACAAUCAUGAAUUAGGCAACACGAACGAACGCUCCCACACUUCUUCCAAGGCCGUGUUUGUCAAGUCUGUCACCAACCCAUCACCCCGACAAGUUGGCACGUGCUCAAAAAUGUUUAAGAAUGGUAAUGGUGGGCAUUCAAAGAAGAAUGUUGCUAAUGAAACUGAAAUCCCUAGUGCGUCCCUAACAAGGAUUGUUGGGGGUUUCCCCCAAUCGCUCGAGGCUGAGAUGAACCGUGCGGCAAAAAGGUUCAAGUGA